AUGAGCAGGGGUGAAGAUUGGGGCAUGGCCACUGAUCAAAAUUGUUACAAUGAAACCGAGCCAAUUUCAGAGGAAGGGUAUUGGGGAAGUAUGACAGACGUUAGGAUGAUGCAAAUAGCAGAGGCAGCGAUACAAGAACUAAGAACAAGAGGUUUAAAAGUGCAAAUCCUCAAUAUUACACAGCUUUCAGACUACAGGAAAGAAGCUCAUCCUUCUAUUUAUAGGAGACAGUGGGUGCCUCUAACUGAAGAGCAAUUAUCAGACCCUCGGAGAUAUGCAGAUUGUGUACAUUGGUGCCUUCCUGGAGUGCCUGAUGUUUGGAAUGAGCUCCUUUAUGCCUAUUUUUUUAAUUAUUGA